UACUGCUGUUUGCAGUGGACACAGCAGGCGGCGCGAGAGACACAGACGAGCUGAGCUGUUCACAGCACAGCAGUUACUACGGUGUCCACCAUCCCCCCGGCCUCCAUCUCUCUCUCUCCCUCUCUCUUUCGGGGCACCGGGGUGAUCCGUAUUUGGCAGCCAGGAUGAGACAAGACCGCCACGGAUCGCGACCGCAGUCGGGAACGAUGUCUUCGGGGGUGUUUGGGGCGGCGGCCACAGCAACCGUCACAACGGCGGGGGCGCGAGCGGGAGUAGGUGCUAGGGCAGCAGCAAGAGGAGCAGGAGGAAGAGGGAGGAUGGGUGCGCGGCUCUGCUUGGCCUGGAGCUGCUGCGCUCUGGCUUUGUUGGGUGGCGGUGGCGUAGGGGUCGUCCGGGCAGAUGACUCGCUCAACUCCGCCGUGGCAGAGGCGUUCGUGUUUUCGGGGGCCCAGCUUACGGUGCUGACGGAAGAGGUCCUUACGAAGGAGGGGGUGUUCACGGACUAUACAGAGACGGACGGGCUGUGGAGGACCGAGAAGGACAAUGGGGACAGCAUCGACCAGACGGUGUGGACCAGCGGCAUGGUGGCUGGCAUGUUCUGGUACCAAUACGAGGCCACGGGCGACGAGACAAUGAAGACCGCGGCGGAGUUCUACUGCUCGGGUCUCGAGGGACUGGAGAGCGAGGAGGACAACGACACCGGGUUCCAGAUAUUGAACUCGUUCGGCCUAGGAUACCGGCUGACCGGCUCGGAAGAAUACCUGCAGAGGGUCCUCACUGGGGCGGAAGCACUCCACGGUUUCCGAUGGGACGGCAACAUCCCUGCUUACUGGUCGUGGGAAAACCCGUCCCGAAGGCCUGACUGGGACCGCGCCGUGAACGUGGACAUGAUGAUGAACUUGGAGAUCCUGCUCUGGGCGGGGCUCAACGGCGGAGAGGACCACGAGUUGGAAGUAGCAGGCCACGCGGACUCGACCUGGAAGGACAUCGUCCGAGAGGACAACAGCACCAACCACGUGGCGGCCUACGACAUCGACACGGGGGAGCUCAUAGAGACAGGAACUUACCAGGGAUAUACCAACUCGUCGACGUGGACAAGGGGACAGGCAUGGGCCAUCUACGGGUACGCGAUGGUCUACAGGUUCCUUCCGGAACAGCGGUUCCUGGACAGAUCAAUCGGGCUUCUCGAGUACUAUGAGGACAACCUUCCGGAAGACCUUAUCCCCCCCGCCGACUUCGACGCGCCCGAAUCGGCCACCGACAACGGAAAGGACAGCUCCGCCGCGGCCAUUGUGUCGUCCGGCCUCCUCGAGCUGUUCCUGGAAACCGAGGACCCGACCUACCUGGUCAAGUCGCAAACCUACCUGUCGGCUCUGUUCGCGGGGACUUGCUACCAACCGGAUGCCACUGACGGGUACCAGUCUAUCCUCAGAAGAGCCAUGAGGGAGUGGGGGGACGAGGACGGGGAAAUCGGGGCGGUCUUCGGAGACUACUUCUUUUUGGAGACCAUGGUGCGGUACCAGAAACUGGCCCCUUCCAUUAUCCUGUGGCAGGAGGCGGGCGUUGAGGUCGCUGUCUCGAGGCGUCGGAGGCUUGAGGAGGAAACACGACAGGAUGAGACGCUAGCGGAGGGGGCGGAGGAGGUGGGGCAAGAAGGGGAGAUGCGAAGGCUUCAGCAGGAGUUGGACGGCGGGCAGUACUGUCCGCUUGCGGUGUCGGGCGGGACUGUUUCGUUCAAGGACCCUGCCUGUGUUCCCGUCGCGCCGGACUUUUCCGUCCUCGACCAGGGAAGCACGGAUAGCACGCCCGCUCCCACCGUGACCGGAGACGACGACGACGACGGAGGAACCGGAGGGAUAGUAGUCCUCGAUACCCCGAGCCCGACGCCCGAUGCUCGGGGAGGCUUGGACACGUUGGCUCCCACGUUGGCUCCUUACACCACUGCUCCCUUGGGCCCUGGAGAGACGCCGGCACCGACGGCUGCUGCGCGAGAAACCCUUCAGCCGUUAUUGUCCACCGAUUCCCCCAUGGGCGAUGUGGUCGGGGUGACUCCGGCUCCUACGACGCAGCAGCCAGUUACGGUACCGCCGACCGGCGCACCGGUGGGGGUGGGGGAGACUCCGGCACCGACCGCAAUCACGGAGCCUCCCGUGGCGAUUACCGCGACUCCAGUUCCCUCGGCCGUCAAUGGAACUUCCGGCGCGGACGUAACCUACGGAUCGACGGUGCUCGACAACGACGUGGACUUGUCCUACCUGGACGAGACAUCUACCACCAUCGUGUGGCUGUCCGUGACCCUCGACAACACGAGCAACACCCCUUCCGUGCUCUCGAUAGAGAACGCGGAGGGGAGCACCCUCUCGACGACGAUUCCCGACCCGGACAACGGCUGGCAGGCCGGCAGCAACAGGAUGAAGUUCGAAGUGGCCUGGACCACCUUCGUCCCUGCGGAAUGGACCGCCGUCUCGAGCGUUGUGCUGGGCUUCUCCGCUAGCACCACGGCCGCCUCGAGCGACGUCACCACUGCCACCACGAACUGGCUCGUCAUAACGAACGACCUGGUCUUGUAGACUGCUGCUGCUGCUGCUGCU